AUGGGAAAGCUAUCUAAAGAAUCGACUUUGUCCACGGACUAUUGUGUCUGUCUCCCCCAGAGUGAAGAUGAGGAGGAAAUGAUGAUGCAACAAGCGAUAGCGCUGAGUCUCCAACGGGACGAACCAUCCGCUUCGAGUGCUCGGCAAGACUCGUCGGUUAGUUCUCUACCCCAGGACGUGGACCUACUCCAUUUGAAUGAUUCCGACGAUGAUAAUUCUCGUAACGAAAACAAAGUGGAGGAACCCAAGAGCUGUGAGGGUAGCAGCCGAGUGGACUCGGAUGGCCCUGAUCUGGGUACUGAGGUUCCCAAGAAGGAUUCUGAGGAGAAGCCCUCGAAGGAAGAGUGA